AUGGCUCGUAAGAAGUGGAUUGAUAAGAAGACAGCGACGCACUUCACACUUGUCCAUCGUCCGCAAAACGACCCUCUCCUCCACGAUGCCGAAGCUUCUUCCAUGGUUCUGAACCCCACCAAUGUGCCAAACUCAAGCAAAGUCAAACAACUCGAUGAUCUCGCCUCAGAACUUGGUUCUGAUGUUAAUCAUAUCAGAGAUAACGAAGGAGAAGCUGCCAGUUAUGGAGUAUAUUACGAUGAUACCGAGUACGAUUAUAUGCAGCACAUGCGCGAGUUGGGAUCUGGUUCAGGAGAAGCACAUUUUGUCGAGGCGCCAGCGCCAACGAAUAAAGGAAAGGGAAAACAGAGUCUAGAGGACGCAUUGAGAAAUGCUAAAUUAGAGGAUCGAGAAGGGAUAGAGUUAGACGAAGAGAUCUUGCCCUCGAAAAAUCUGCGCAAGGUAACCUAUCAAGCUCAGCAAGAUGUCCCCGAUGCGCUUGCUGGUUUCCAGCCAGAUAUGGAUCCUAGAUUACGAGAGGUUUUGGAGGCAUUAGAAGAUGAAGCAUAUGUGGACGAAGAUGAGGACAUCUUUGGGCAGCUGGCGAAAGAUGGGGAGGAAAUUGAUGAGGAAGAAUUCGAGCAAGGGGCUUUUGAAGACGAUGACGAGGAGGGAUGGGAGUCAGACGACACUGCAAAACCCUCGAAGGAAUACAGCGAUGCUCCAAAAGGACCACCAGAACUUUUGGAUGAUGAGCGAGAGGACCAUGGUGACGGGGAUUGGAUGGCUAAUUUCAGUAAAUUUAAGAAAGACCAGAAAGCACAGGUACCCCUCGCUCCGUCGCAAUCAGAUCUUCAAUCGUCUAUGAUGACUACUACAACGAACGGGGGAAGGAAGAAGAAGAGAAAGGGAGCUAUGACAAAUCCAUCCACCUACUCUAUGACUUCUUCCUCCAUGUUCCGUACGGAAGGCAUGUCGACUCUGGAUACUAGGUUCGAGAAGCUGGAAGAGAAGUACAACGAAGAUAUGGAUGAUGAUAAUUCCGUUUCGGCAGUUUCCUCGGUUUCCAGUGUGCAAGGGCCAGUUAGAGGUGAUUUCAACAACAUCAUGGAUGAUUUUCUUGGGAACUAUACCAUGAGUGGAAAGAAGCAUGUCAAGAAAGGAAAGUACCAAAGUGGGAUGGAACAGCUCGAUGAGGUUAGACGUGGAUUAGGUCCGGCUAUUAUCAGGAAACAGUACGUAUAG